CUUUUUGCACAUAAAAAUCGAUAUAUGAUAAUUUUCAAAACUCCUGAAUCACUUUUUCAGUAAGACCUUUUUAAAUACCAAAUGAACAGUCAAAAUUUAAUAAAUAUUUUUAAUUGAAAGAUUUUUUAUAAUCCAGUGCAAACCCCCUGUAAAAUAACCCUAGAUACGCCAAUGGCAAAUUAAUACAAUUAUAUAAUUAGCUUAAUGAAUGAAUACAUUAAGUAAAUUGAUAAUGAUGAGAUGAAGAUUAAAUACAGGUUAUAUUCGCAUUCGCACACAACUACGAAAAAUGUUGUCUGCAUUAAUUAUUUUUCUCAAUUUUAUUAUUAAUUUAUUUAGUUACACUUUGUUAUUAAUAUUAAUAUGUUUUGUCGCAUUAAAAAUAUGGAUAGACCCUUUUACAAAGAGAUGUAAGUGUAAAACUAAAUUAAACGAAAAAGUUGCUUUAAUCACUGGUGGAAAUUCUGGCAUUGGAUUCGAAACGGCAAAGGCUUUAGCCGAAAGAGGUGCUCGAGUCAUAAUAGCUAGCCGAAACGAAAAGAAAUCAGCACAAGCAGUUGACAUCAUAAAACAAGAGACGGGAAACGAUAAAGUCGAAUACAGACAUCUCAACUUACUGAAACUAGACAGUGUUCAAGAAUUCGCUGAAAAGUUUAAUGAAGAUUUCGACCGUUUGGAUAUUUUAGUCAAUAACGCAGCAUGUGGUGAAAUAAAAAAAGGUUACACGGAAAAUGGAAUAGAUUUACUGAUGCAAAUUAAUUACAUUGGACCGUUUCUCCUAACUCAUUUACUAUUGGAUAAACUUAUAAAAUCAAAGCCGAGUAGAAUUGUAAUGGUAUCAUCCUUUCUUCAUUAUCUCGGAAGAGUUGACCCUGAAAAGAUUGCUAGUUGGGAACCAAUAUAUACUUACUUACCAGGUGCUCGUUAUGGUAAAACUAAACUCUGCAUUAUACUAUGGGCUAAAGAACUAGCUAAAAGAGUGCCACAAGGCGUCACUGUCAAUGUUUUGCAUCCAGGAUUAGUUAUGACCAACAUAUUCGACAAGUUAAAUUAUGUUACCAAAUACAUUAUACAUUUCGCAAUAUAUUUAUUGUUUAUAUCAGCUGAGGAAGGUGCCCAGACUAUUAUUCAUUUGUGCGUGUCCCCAAACUUGGAAAGUUCCACGGGCGAUUAUUAUCAAAACUGUAAAAGAGUUAAAGCGUCUAAAACUGCAGAAGAUGCUGAUUUAGCAAGAAGACUAUGGGAGAAAAGCGUAGCAAUCAUAGACAAAUAUUCUAAAUUCGGAACAUUAUUGGGCACCCAAGGAAAAUAGCUCCACAUAUUUCUUUUUUGUGAAUUGCAAUUGUUUGUUUUGUUUAAACGAAACUAUUGUUUGUCAAAGUAUUAGGAUAGAAUAUAUGUAUAUAGAAUUAAAGAAAAUAUAUCUACCUAAAUUUUUUAAAAUUUAAUAAAGCUAUUUAUUGUUUUUGG